CUCACCUUAUUCUCUUCCAUUUCCCCAAAUUGAGCGGGAAACACACGCACACAGAACACACACAUUUCACACACACCACACACACACUCUUCAAUUUCACACUUUCAAUUUCUUCAAAUCCGUUUACGUAUGGCGAAUCUGAUCGAUCAGGAUCAGCAGUGGUUGAUCAACUCACUGAAUGCUACACUCGACACUAAUCAACAAGCUCGAUCGUUCGCUGAAGCGUCGUUGAAUCAAGCGGCUCUUCAACCUGGAUUUGGAAGUGCUUUAUCCAAGAUUGCUGCUAACAGAGAGCUUCCUUUAGGAUCUCGUCAACUAGCUGCGGUUCUUCUAAAACAGUUUGUUAAGAAGCAUUGGCAGGAGGAUGAGGACGGUUUUGAACCUCCGGUUGUUUCAAACGAGGAAAAGGCAAUCAUACGUGGUCUUCUGUUGCUCUCACUGGAUGAUCCUCAUAGAAAAAUUUGCACUGCUAUUGGAAUGGCCGUAGCAUCAGUUGCAAACCAUGACUGGCCAGAUGAAUGGCCGGACUUACUAUCGUUCUUAAUGAAGUUAAUCAAUGAUCAAAGCAAUACAAAUGCAGUGAAUGGAGCUCUUAAAUGUUUGGCUCUUAUCUGUGCUGAUUUGGAUGAUAAACUAGUGCCCAGAAUAAUACCAGUUUUGUUCCCGUGCUUGCAUGCUAUAGUUUCAUCACCCCAGAUCUAUGACAAACCGUUACGCACAAAAGCUCUUUCUAUUGUCUAUUCUUGUACAUCUAUGCUGGGAGUUAUGAGUGGUGUGUACAAGACAGAAACAAGUGCGUUGAUGUUACCUUUAGUCAAAUCUUGGAUGGUUGAAUUCUCAUCCAUUCUUAAAAAUCCUGUACAAUCUGAGGAUCCAGAUGAUUGGAGCAUCAGAAUGGAGGCUUUAAAAUGCUUGAGUCAAUUUGUUCAAAACUUCCCAAGCCUGGCCGAAAGUCAGUUCAUGGAGGUUUUGGUUCCAUUGUGGCAAACAUUUGUGUCAUCUCUUGGUGUAUAUGAACGAUCUUCUAUCGAAGGGCUUGAAGAUGCAUACGAGGGACGAUAUGAUUCUGAUGGUUCAGAGACAAGCCUUGAGUCUUUCAUAAUACAAUUAUUUGAGUUUCUACUAACGAUUGUUGGUAGUAAAAAGUUUGUGAAGGCUUUUGGAAAUAGUGUUCAAGAUCUUGUCUACUAUUCAAUUGCGUUUAUGCAGAUGACUGAACAACAAGUCCAUGCUUGGUCAAUGGAUGCUAAUCAGUAUGUUUCUGAUGAAGAUGAAAAUACUUACAGUUGUCGUGUUUCCGGUUCUCUUUUGUUGGAGGAAAUUGUAAUUUCAUGUGGGAUUGAUGGAGUUUAUGCUAUACUAAAUGCCGCUAAAAAAAGAUUAGACGAGUCUCAGCAUGAGAGGGUUAACGGCUCUGCUGUAUGGUGGAGGAUGAGGGAGGCUACUCUUUUUGCUUUGUCUUCUGUGUCAGAACAAUUGCUUGAAGUUGAGGUUCCGGGGCCAUCUGAAGUCACUUUGGGGAACCUAUUGGAGCAAACUUUGACUGAAGACAUGGCAGCCGGUGUACAUGAAUUUCCCUUUCUCUAUGCUCGUAUGUUUUCAUCAGUUGCUAAAUUCUCAUCAGUGAUCAACCAUGGUGUCAUUGAUCAUUUCCUCUAUGCUGCUAUCCAAGCGAUCGGCAUGGAUGUGCCUGCACCUGUAAAAGUCGGUGCAUGUCGAGCACUUUCUCAACUCCUACCCGAUACAAAUAGAGGAAUACCACAGCCUCAUAUAAUGGCUCUGUUUUCAUCACUUACAGAACUCCUUAAGCAGGCAUCAGAUGAAACAAUGCAUCUUGUUCUUGAAACACUGCAAGCAGCUGUGAGGGCAGGUCAUGAAGCUGCACUGUCCAUAGAGCCUGUAAUUUCUCCUAUUAUACUUAACAUGUGGGCUUUGCAUGUUUCGGACCCAUUCAUAAGCAUUGACGCACUUGAUGUUCUUGAGGCAAUAAAAGAUGCUCCUGGAUGUGUUCAUCCUCUUGUUUCACGUGUUUUGCCAUAUGUGGGGCCCAUUCUCAACAAACCUCAACAGCAGGCUGAUGGCUUAGUUGCUGGUUCAUUGGAUCUUUUGACAAUGUUACUCAAGAAUGCACCUAUCGAUGUGGUAAAAGCAGUUUACGAAGUUUGUUUCGAUCCAGUUGUACGUAUAGUCCUUCAAAGUGACGACCAUGGUGAAAUGCAGAAUGCAACUCAAUGUCUUGCUGCUCUCGUCUCUGGUGGAAAUCAACAAUUACUCACCUGGAGUGGUGAUUCCGGUUUUACAAUGAGAUGUUUACUUGAUGUCGCUUCAAGGCUUCUUGACCCUGAGUUAGAUAGCUCAGGAUCACUUUUUGUCGGGAACUAUAUUUUGCAACUUAUUUUACAUCUGUCCUCUCAAAUGGCACAACAUAUACGAGACCUUGUUGCUGCACUCGUUAGGCGAAUGCAAUCCUGCCAAAUUGCUGGAUUGCGAAGCUCAUUACUUCUUAUUUUUGCACGACUGGUUCACAUGAGUUCACCACAUGUUGAACAAUUUAUCAACUUGCUGAUCACGAUCCCCGCUGACGGCUACCCUAAUUCUUUGCAUUAUGUUAUGUCGGAAUGGACCAAGCAGCAAGGGGAAAUUCAAGGGGCCUACCAGAUCAAAGUCACAACGACAGCUUUGGCUUUAUUAUUAUCAACCAGACAUGUUGAAUUUGGAACCAUCAAUGUCCAAGGUCAUUUGAUUAAGUCCUCUGCAGGGAUUACCACUCGUUCAAAGGCCAAAGUUUCCCCUGACCAGUGGACAUUGAUGCCACUUCCGGCAAAGAUUCUUGCUGUACUGGCAGAUGUUUUGCUUGAGAUACAAGAACAGGUUUUAGGGGAUGACGAUCAGGAUAGUGAUUGGGAAGAAGUAGAAGCUGGAGAUGCUGAAAUAGAGCAAGAGUUGCUUUCUUCUUCCGGUACUACAUCAUACAGUAGGCCUUCAAAUGGCUAUCUAGAUGCCCUUGCAAAGGCUUUCAAUGAGGAUGAAGAUGAUGGUUAUGAUGAUGACCUACUAAGUGCUGCUGACCCCCUCAAUGAGAUUAACCUGGCAAACUAUCUCACCAACUUCUUCCGGGAGUUCUCUCAGGGAGACCGACCUCUUUUUGAUCAUCUUUGCCAGAGUUUGACACAGGCUCAGAAAAAAGCUGUACAAAUGGUGCUGAGUUUGUAAUAUCCAUCAUUGUUGUACCAUGAAUUGAAGAAAUUUCUUGUGCAUGUAUUUUCGCAUUUGAGGUGAUAAAUUAACAUUCGAGUUUGUACAUUGCGGGUUUUUCGUGUCUAUUUGUAUUUCUGUCUUUCCUUUUCGUACCGACACUAUCCUCAAUUUUAUUUGAAAGGUUGUAGGGUCAUGUUCUUUCCUUGUCCUGUGAUGGAUAGUUAAUUUGUGAGCAAUUGUUUUCAUACUGUCUUGUUGAACAUAUAAGUGCAAUUAAAAGAGUUACAUUUGUCAA